AUGCAAUGCCUUAGAAAGUGCACUCAUGCUCCUGUGCACUCUGCAAUGCAAUUGCUGGGCUGUCUGUUUCCCAGAUAUUGCAGAUGGUAGAUAAUCUGAAUUCCUGGGUCUGAUAUAAGGAGGAUUUAACUCAGCCAUGAUACAAACAUCUGGUGAGGCUCCAGCGUGAGCUAGCUGGUUCAGAGAACAAACGUACCAUGCACAUCUCCUUUUUUAUGGGAAACUCCUCCUAAUUUUCUCCUUGGGACAAAAGGGCUGUAAAAUUCAGGGCUGUAAAAAUGGGGAAGACCGGAAGUAAGUUUGUCCGGACUGAGUCCUCAACAGAUGGAGUUCAAUCACUGCACUCCACAUCUCAGGCCACCUGAUUGAAUCAUGGACACACCUACUUUUCAUCAGCUCAUCAAUCAGCAGCAUAUAUAAACCCAGAUUCACCAACCACUCAUCACCAGAUUGUUCCGGCUUCAGUGUGGUCCAGCACCCAUGCUACUGCCUGCUCUCCCACGGCUCACAUCCUGCUAUGCCCAGCACCACCUGCCUCCCUUGUGGUUCAACAGCACUCUGUGCCGUGGCGCAUCGGCUGAGCCCUCAACUCUCCUGUGGCGGCCCCAAAUCCCGACCCUGACUGCACUUUAUGCCAGUCCUUUAUCACACAAUCCUGCUUCUUCUUCUCAUCAAUAAAUCCUCCUAACCUUCAGUCACUGUGUCUGUGUUCAGUAUUUGGGUUCCCCAGUCUCUGUGUCCUUACCAGAACAAUCUGGCCACCAUGGACCCAGCAGAACCAGACCCUUCGCCGUGAGCUCUGUCCCAUCAGUGAGCGCUCCUGGGACAGCAUGAGUAACAACUUUGCACCCUUACCAAGACCCACCAAGCCAUGGCCCACCAGAUUGGGCUCCUCACUGAGGAGCUCUACCGUAUCCUCCCCCAACUGACCCAGACAUCUUCUGGCUCCCAUCCCAAACUGUCUACACCAUUGACCCUUCCUGCUCCUCCUCCUUGUCCAUCAUGGCAUGAAGCCCAUGUCCUAGAUCCAGAACCCUAUGUGGGCAACUUAGGGAGGUGCAAGGCCUUCCUGCUCCAGGGUUCCCUCGUGUAUGCCCGGUGUCCCCAUACCUAUGCCUCAGAUGAAGCCAAGGUGGCCUGUAUCAUGGGACUUCUAAGGGGGGAUGCCCUAGCUUGAGCCACUGCUGUGUGAGGGUAACAGCCCCCUCUGCGGUCCUCCAUCUCUUCGUUCACUGAUGAGCUCCAGAGGGUUUGCCACCACCAAGGGAAGGAGGCUGCCAUGUGUCUACUCUCCCUCCGCCAGGGGCCCCGCAGUGUAGCAAAGUAUUCAGUGGAGCUCUGUGUCCUGGCCGAGAGAGACUGGGUGGAACAAGGAGGCACUCCAGGGAGAGUUCCUGAACAGGCUCGGUGAGCAGAUGAAGGAUGAGCUGGCUGUGAAAGAUGAAUCAGAUUCUCUUGAUGUGCUGAUUUCCCUCGCCAUUCAGCUGGAUACCCACCUGUGAGAGCGGCGCUGAGAGAGGGCCGGCUGGCCCCAAACCCCCCCCGUCUGCCUUCCCUCUUGUCCAGCAACCUAGCUGAAGAGCUUCAGCCCUUAGGGCCCUUCCAGAUCCCCCCUGGCAGCCGAAGAACCCAUGCAGGUAGGUCAGGCCCAGCUCACCCCAGCUGAGCGUGACCGCCAGUUCCAAGUGUCUACUGUGGCCAAUCAGGCCACUUCAUUGCCACCUGUCCCCUUUACCUGAAAUGAGAGGCUUGCCAGUAGAAAGGGAGCUACUGGCAAGCUGCUCACCUCAGAUUUCCCCAUCCUGGCUCCAAGUUUCUGCUACCCUGCAACACCAUCUCAUAUCCAUCCGCCUACUUGCCCUGACUGACUCCGGUGCUCAGGACAGCUUCUUGGAGCAUGCAUUAGCAUCCCAGUCUGGCCUUCCUGUGGAAUCUCUGGAUCCCCCCAAUGGUUAACAUGCUGGACAGGAGACUCUUGGCCAAGGUGACUCACCAUACUGUUCCAUUGCACCUGGUUCUUUCAGGUAACCACUGAGAACUCAUCCAGUUCAAGAUCAUCUCUUCCCCUAGCUGGUCAGCUGGGAGAGUUGUCACCUGGAGUCACUUCUGCCAUUCCUCCUGUCUGAAAUCUGCACCUCCUCCCAUGGGGUCUGCUAGCACACUUCCUACCCUAAGGCCUCCAGACCUCUCAUCCGUGUCCCUUGUGGCUGGCAUAAUCUGUCCUUCCUCCUUCGCCAUGUGUGCUGGCUUCUUCUUUGUGGACAAGAAGGACAAGACCCUUCCCCCCUGCAUUGACUAUCAGGGUCUCAUUAACAUCAGAGUCAAAAAUAAGUACACCCUACCGCUCCUCAACUCUGCCUUCGAACCGCUGCAUGGGGCCACCAUCUUCACUAAGUUGGACCUGCGGAAUGCAUACCACCUUGUCCACAUCAGAGAGGGGGAUGAGUGGAAGACAGCAUUCAAUACCUACCUGGGCCACUUUGAAUACCUGGUUAUGCCAGUUGGCCUCACCGAUCAGGGCUUGGCAGUGUUCCAAGCCCUGAUCAAUGACAUUCCCCGAGAUUUCCUGAACUGUAUUGUCUUUGUAUACCUGGACGACAAUAUCGAUCUUCUCCCGAAACCCUGCUGAGCACAUUUGUCAUGUCCGUCAGGUCCUGCAGAGACUGUUGGAGAACCGCCUGUUUGCCAAAGAGGAGAAGUGUGAAUUCCAUGUCAACUCAGUCAGGUUCCUGGGGUUCAUCAUUGAGAGUGGGUGGGAGAGGGUGGACCCCGAAAAGAUCCAAGCGGUCAUCGAGUGGCCCAGACCUACCACCUGGAAACAUUUUCAACAGUUCCCCGGGUUUGCGAACUUCUACUGCCAGUUCAUAUGAGACUACAGUCUACAGGUUUACCUCCACCUCUACCCUCUUUGUGUGGACCCCUGAGUCUGCAAAGCAUCUCAACUCCUGUCAAGCACGUUGGGCCCUGUUCUUUGGGCAGUUCAAUUUUAUGAUCACCUACAGCCCUGGUUCUAAGCCCGAUGCCUUCUCUUGCCAGUUCUCUUAAGAGGAACAGGACACCCUAGACCCUAACACCAUAUUCCCUCUGCCCAGCAUGGUAGGGCAGUCACAUGGGAGAUUGAGUCCAAGGUUCUGAGAGCACAACACACCCAACCCGACCCAGGUAAUGGGCCGCCUCGUCACCUGUUUGUCCCCUAUGCUGCACGUUCCCAGGUCCUCCAGUGGAUCCAUGGGUCCUGGUUCGCAUGUCAUCCUGGCUCCAACCGCACCCUAGGCUCCUUGAAAUGGCACUUCUGGUGGCCUAUAAUGGAUGCCGACACGCAAGCCAUCUCCAACUGCUCCAUGUGCUCCUGUAAUAAGGCCCUACACCGCCCACCUGCCGGCCUACUUCAACCCCUUCUGAUACCCAGUUGUCCCUGGUCGCACAUCGCCUUGGACUUUAUACCAUCAUCCUUACCAUAAUAGACCGGUUCUCAAAAGCUGUACAUUUUUUGGCCCUUCCCAAGCUCCCAACUACCCGAGAAACCACAGACAUCCUUGUCAGCCAGCAUCUUCCUCCUGCCCAGCAUCCCCCAGUAUAUUUUCUGAGACCGCAGGCCGCAAUUCGUUUUCCAGGUCUGGAGGGCAUUCUGCAAUGUCCUUGGGGCCACUCUCAGUUUAUCCUCCGGGUUUCACCCCAGACCAAUGGCCAGGUACAGCAGGCCAACCAGGAGUUGGAAGCACCACUGAGAUGACCGCCGUCGGGUUCCCGCACCCAACUAUCAACCAGGUCAGAAGGUAUGGCUUUUGGCCAGGGACAUUCCACUCAAGAUACAAGCCAAAAAACUCUCACCCCAGUACUUGGGACCAUUCACUGUUGACAGCAUUAUCAAUCUAUUGGCAGAUAAGCUCCAGCUCCCUAGGUUCCUGCGCAUCCACCCCAUCUUUCAUGUCUCCCAGCUCAAGCCAGUUCAUGACAGCCCCCUGACAUGUGCUGUGUCAGCUCUCACACUGCUUUCACACUGCCAACAGCACUCAAGCCUGCUCCAGCUGAGCCCUCGAUUCUGCCGUGGUGGACUCAAGUUCAAAUACCGACCCCAGCUACACUUUAUUGCAGUCCUAUUCUAUUUCGUCACUGUGUCUGUGUUCUGCAUUUGGGUCCCCCAGUCUCUGUGUCCUUAACAAAAAACAGGAUCAUCCAAGAGCAAAAAAACAAGAGUGAGAGCAAAAACAAUGUGAUAUAAUACAUACCUUAGACUCAGAAUUACUCUGGGUCCCAAAGCAGGCAUUGCCCAUAAUGAGUAAAGCCCCCAGCAAAGCAGGUAGGUGGAGAGAUGACCACCAUGAUUGGAGGCAGAGUGACAACAUCCUUACUAAAGACAGGUAGUGGAGUGAUAACAUCCUUGCUGGAGUUAGGUAGCAGAGUGAAAAUGUCAUUACCAGAGUCAGGUGGUGGAGCAACAAUGUCCCUGACUGAGUAAGGUGGAGGAGUGAUGAGGUCCUUGCCAGAGUCAGGUGAUGGAGGGGACUGGACACGAGAAGCCUUGUCGACCAUCAUGCUUGGGCAUGGUUUAUGAGGCUGCCUCAUCAGCAUCAUAGAAUGGGAGGCUGACAAGGCAUGGCUAGAGAGGCCACACCAUAGGCAUCUGUCUUGAUCUGGUUUGGUGAGACUGCCCUGUCGGCCUCUGAAUUGAGCUGGGCUGGAGUGGCCACCCUAUCAGCCUCUGGCUUGACUUUGGUUGGAGUGGCUACGCUAUCAGCCUCUGUCUUGAGAGGCCAGCCUGUAGGUCUCUGGCUUUAGCUUGGGUGGUGAGACUGCCUCAUCAGCUUCUGGAUUGAGUUGUGCUGCCCCCUGAUGGCUGCCCUAUCAGGCAUAACUGCAUCAAGCCUGUGACUCACUGACAACACCAAUUUGUUGGUUUCAUCUUUUGAGAUGCUUUUCCAAUCUUUUACGGCAGCAUCAUUCGUUGUUUCUUUCAGGGGUUUCUUCCUUCAGUCUCCUUUUCAGGAGGUUAAAUGCUGCUCAACUGGGUUAAGGUCUGGUCAUUGACUUGAGCAGUAUAAAUCCUUCCACUUUUCCAGCCGAAAAAGUCCUUUGUUGAUUUGGCAGUGUUUUUUGGAUCAUUGUCUGGUUCCAUGUUAAAGUUCCUCCCGAUUAAUAAGGAUGCAUUUCUCUGUAAAUUGGCAGACAAAAUGUUCCUGUAAUAAUCAAUAAAGAUAAGUGAGCCUGUUCCAGAGGUAGCCAUGCAAACCCAAACCAUGUCACUACCUCCUCCAUUUUUCACAAAUGAGCUUGUAUGUUUGGAUCAUCAGCAAAUCCUUUCUUUCUCCAUACUUUGUCCUUUCCAUCACUUUGGUAUAGGUUAAUCUUGGUUCCAGAACUUUUGUGGCUCAUCUCUCUAUUUCUUUGCGAAUUCCAAUCUGGCUUUCUGAUUCUUACUGCUGAUGAGUGCCAUGCAUCCUGUGCAUCUAUUGCCUCUAUAUUCUGGUCUUAAAGUCUUCUUUGUAAAUUGAAUUGUGAUUCCUUAGCCCCUGCCCUGUGGAGCUUGUUGGUGAUGUCAUUGACAGUUGUUUUUGGGUUUUUCUUCACAGCUGUCACUGUGUUUCUGUCAUCACCUGUUGUUUUCCUUGGCUGAUCGAUUCGGCCUCUUGCACUUAGUACACCAGUGGGUUCUUUUUUUUCCCUGGACAUUCCAAAAUGUUGUAUUGGCUAUUCCCAAUGUUUGUGCAAUGCAUCUGACUGGUUUUCCCUCUUUUAUCAGCUUCAAAAUGGGUUGAUUUUCUCCCAUAGUCAGCUCUCUGAUCUUCAUGUUGGACUGCAUUUGUUGUUAAAAAGGACAACCUAAUUUAUAUAGCACCUUUAAAGCAGCUUCUCAAGGCAUUUUACACAAUAAAAAUACAAAGAAAAUAAAAAUACAUAGAUAAAAACACAAAGCGUACAAAAAAAAAAAAAGACUUGAAUACAAAAUAGUUAAAACCAUCAAGAAAAAGCUAGCCUAAAAAUUUGUUUUUAGGUUAGAUUUAAAAACGCUUAAAUUCUGUGCAUCUCUAAUAUUAGCACGGAGUGCAUUCCGGAGUCUAGGAGCAUAUGGUGAGAAAGCCCUGUCCCCUACAGAUCGCAACCAUGUCUGUUUACAGCCAGUAAACCAGCUCGAGAGGAGCGCAAAUGAUGCUUGGGAGUAUAUAAAGUUAAAAGUGCAGACAGAUACUGUGGGGCCAGACCAUGCAGUGCCUUAUAUGUGAGCAUAAAGAUUUUAAAAUCAGUGCGAAACCUGAAUAGGAGACAGCGCAAGGACUUCAGUAUCGAUGUCACCAGUCUUUUUGAACAGAAUGUGCACACAUUGCAAUUUAUUUAGUGUGGUUUUAGGAAUCAAUACGAGAAAAAACAAAAGUGUUGAUAAGCCUUUCAGUCACAGGAAAAGUAUAUUGCACAUGUGGGUCAAAAGAUAUACUUGAAUCAAAAAUAACUCCUAAUUUUAAUUUUUUUUUUUUUUUCAUUUUGAACUCAGAAAUAGCGCCGGCUUAGAGUGAAUAUAAAUCUGAGUAUUAUCUGCAUAGAAGUGAUAAUUAAGCCUGAGAGAUCUUACAAUAGUAAACAGUAAGGUAUGGCCUGCGCUUCUGCUGUCAGAAGCCAACCAGCCAGAAGUGACUCGAUUUGCAGGGAUUAAGGGCAACCCUACUGUGGUUGGGCUUGAGAGGAGUAAAUCUCAGGAUUAUAAUGUCAAGUAGUGUCCUGAGGUGGGAAAGGAAAUAGAAUUUUCAAAGCAUUUCACAGCAAUGACAAUCCCAAACUAUUGCCCAAUAGUCAAAGGUCAGCCAUUAUGAUGUUCAGCACUUUUGAAGUAAAUUCCAACAUGAAGAAUCAGCAUAUUUGUAGAGACUGAAGAAAGUGUAUUUUUAUAUGGUGAGUACUGCAUGCUUUAUUAUACGGAUUUCUACUGGGUUUCACUCUGUAGAAUUACCACUGUGUAGCUCAGUCAGUCUUGUCUGAAAAAAAUAUAGCAAUAAGUAUCACUGGGUUUGGUAACAAUUAGGUUGUUUUUUGUUUUGUUUUUUAGCUGGUUUCACCAUCACCCCAAAAAUACAUCUGUUAGAUUUGAAUUGGACUUUUCAGUCUAUCAUCUAUCUCUCAUAGAACACCAUCAUUGUGUUUCGUGUUAAUCCAAUAAAAAUAGAGACGAGACUUUGUGUGGGGUUUAUUGCUACGUUUUUUUUUUUUUUUUGCUGAUUUAUUGGUUUAUUGGGGAUUUUCUUCCUAUUCUUAUUCUGUCACACACUAAUCAGAUUUACUGUAUUUGGGAAUUAAUCCAGACUUCAUGGUGAAGCUGUUAUUUGAAUGGAUCUUACAUCUAAUUAAAAUAGUAAUUUAUUCCUUUCUUUAAUUAAACAGUAAAACUGAAAGUGUAUUUAAAGAGCAAGUGACAAAGUCCAAUCCAAUAGGGUUAAAUGAUGCAUCUUUGUGUUUAUCAAAAACACCAUGAACAAAAAAAUCAGAAGAAUCAGUUUCUGCCUAAGCUUUACUCCAUGUGUUUAUUAUCCUGUAAUAUGUAUUUAUUCAGCAUACUCCAGCGGCUGCCAUCAAGAGACUUACCACAACCAGCAGGAUGGAUGUGAAAUGGACUCAUUUAGGUUUCAUCUUCUUUGCAAUGCUGUCUAUCAUUAUGACAGGCUGUUUCCUCUGGCAAUAUCAUCUGCCCAAGCUAAUGCCUGAAGAAGAUCUGGCAAAAACUCUUAAAUCUGAGAAGCUAUGUCCCCGAUACCCCAAGCCCACUCCAUUGGAGCACCCAAUCCCCUACCUGAAGGCAGCACUGGAGAAAGUGGAUGCAGUUCUCAGACAUAGCAUCAAUCCCACCAGCCUCCCCACAAUAUCUGCCAUCGUCAUUUACAAUGACACCGUGUUGUGGACAGGAAACUUUGGAAAGAGGAAUGGCAGUGACCCUAAAUCAGCACCUCCUAAUGAGUAUACCAUCUACAGGAUUGCAAGUAUAUCUAAGAUCUUCCCCACUCUGAUGCUCUACCGACUAUGGGAGGAUGGUAAAGUGGGCUCAUUAGAUGACCCACUGGAGAAGUAUGUGGAGAAUUUCACCAUCAAAAACCCACUGGGGAAGAGCAAAAAUUCCGAGCUGAAAUAUGUGACAGAUGGUCUGAUCUUCCUGGAUAGCAGUGAGGUUCAGAUUCGCUCUUCCUCAGUUACGCUGCGUAGAAUGGCCAGUCAUCUCUCUGGUUUACCAAGAAGACUUCGCUCCACUAACCUGCUGUGGAAGGGCAAGACUCAAGCUGCAAUCAAUCUUCUACAGGAUGAUGUGCUGGUUGCAGAUCCAGGAACCAAAUGUCACUACAGCAACUUGGCUUUUUCCUUGUUGGCCCAUGUCCUGGCUGAGAGGGUGUUGGGUUUGAAUUACCAGCGCUGGAUUACUGACAACAUCCUUGACCGGUUGGGAAUGGAGGACACGGGCUUUGAUAUCACCCCCAGCAUUCAGAGUCACAUGGCUGUUGGCGUCUAUGCCAACGGCCAACCUGCACCACUCUAUGACCUAGGUUGGUAUCAGCCAUCGGGGCAGAUGUUCUCUACAGCUGCUGAUCUGGCCAAACUAGCCAUGAUGCUUCUUGGCACUUAUCAUCGCAAGCUUCUGGAGCCAGACACUGUAAAGAUAAUGCUCACUCCCUUGUUCCACUGUGAUAAAGAUUACUUUGCCAACCGCACUGGAACUCCAUGGGAGGUGAACGAACAGCUUGGUUAUGAGUUACUUCGUAAAGAUGGGGACUUGGAUGGGUACUCCGCCACAUUCUCCCUAGUACCUCGACUCAAAAUCAGUAUGGUUGUUCUGAUGGCAGGUACAAGGCCUCAGAACCAGGAUGUGAUAUCCAAGGCCUAUUCAUAUAUCAUUCCAGCCAUGGAGAAAGCUUUCAGAGAUGCCAAGCAGGUCCUUGUGCCUCCCCCCAAUCCUGUGCCAUAUGUAGGGUUCUACACAUACAGUAACAUCACCUUUUAUGAGAUCAAAGCUGGACCAGAAGGAGUCCUCAUCAUGCAGCAGUUUGGGCCUCAAAUUGAGAGCUUGAUUCCUGAGAAAUAUCGAACCAUAAAGUUGUCUUACCUUGUAGAUCGAGUUUUUAGAGUUGUGUUUGAGAAACAAUACCCCUGCAUUUUACAGGUGGGUUCUGCCUCAGUGUCAUUGGAAGCCCAGGAUGGACAGCUCUUCAAUUUCUAUAUGUUUGGUAAAUUUGGGUUAUCCCCUGGCUUUGAUGCACCAGGUUUGAACACUUACAAUGUGGUCCGAAUCACCCACAGACCCAUAUUUUCAAAGUGAAGUCUAAUAUCCAAAAAAACUAGAGACUGUGCAGUAUAUGGCAGAAUAAAUGGCAGAAACAUUAGGGUAUGUCACUUUUGACCAACUCUAAAUCUGCAUGAUUGAAAUCUUACAUCAUAGUUGUUGAACCCAUGAUUUUCCUCAGGUACUCUGGUUUCCUCCCCUAGUCCAAAGACAUGUGCUGUAGGCUGAUUGGCAUUUCCAAAUUGUACGUAGUGUGUGAAUAUGUGUGCGAUUGUGCCCUGUGAUGGAUUGGUACCCUGUCCAGGGUAUCCCUCGCCUUGUGCCCAAGUUCCCUGGGAUAGAUUCCAGGCUCCAUUGCAACCCUGUGUAGGCUAAGCGGUAUAGAAAAUGGAUGGAUGGAUGGAUGAAUCAAUUCUCUUCAAACUUUUUUAAAAGCCAAAAUACAGAUAUCCUGUUCGUGUAAACAUGAUGUAAACAUGUAGACUUUUGCUUAAUUUUUCCCUAUUAAGUUGUUCUUGAGGCAAAUUUUACUUCAAAGCUGGGCAUACACUACAAAAUCUUUCACUGAAUUUGCCCAGUUAUUACUGGAAUUUAAAUUUUAUGACUGAUCAGAACUGAUCUGGUGGUGUGAGAUGGUAAAUGUCUCAAUAUAUUUUUCCAGAUGAUCAGAGGCCUUCCAUUUUUUUCAAAUCUGUGAUUUUAAGGACUGAAUCUGUACGUCUUUUAGAGUUAUAUGGAAAAUGUACAGAUUACACUGAUCUUGAAGGGGAGGGGGGGGGGGUGUUUGAGACAAGACACAUAAUCAGUCUUUGUGUGCAGUUCAGUAACGAGAAUGAGAACUCUCAUUACCAUUUUUGCACACUUUGUUUGUGUAUAAAACCUCCGCGUCUCCAUGAUAAUUUCAAUCACAUCACAACAGGACUGUCCCUCAUGAUUUGGGAUACUUGAGAGUCUUUUUUUCUGUAUAAAAAAAAUUUGUAGGUGUAAAAUUUUAUGCUUUGUUUAUAUGAAAUUAAUUCAAAUAAGCAACAAAAUGUUUGUGGUCCAUGUUCCUUUGUGUUCAUUCAAUUUUCUAUUUUUAAAACUGAAAUAAAAUUUGGACAAUGGUC